AUGACAAUACUUAACACGGAAGAAUCGCAGCGGUUAGAACAGUCCCGCACUAAAGAGAAGCACUGGAAGCGCUGGGGCCCGUACGUCGGGGAGCGCCAAUGGGCGACGGUGCGCGAGGACUAUUCGUACAACGGGGACGCGUGGUCUGACUUUCCGUUUGAACACUCGCGCCUGCGCGCGUACCGUUGGGGUGAGGAUGGGCUCGCGGGUGUGUCCGAUAACCACCAGCUUAUCUGUUUCACGCUUGGGUUAUGGAACGAAAAUGACAACAUCUUGAAGGAACGCUUGUUCGGGGUCACGGGGCCCCAGGGGAACCACGGGGAGGACGUCAAAGAGCUCUACUACUAUCUCGACAACACUCCGACCCACUCGUACAUGAAGUACUUGUACAAGUAUCCGCACAAGAAGUUUCCAUACGAGGCCAUAGUGGCCGAAAACGGCCGCCGCUCACGCAAAGAGUUGGAGUACGAAAUCAUGGAUACCGGCGUGUUUGAUGACAACGAGUACUUUGAUGUGGUGUUCGAGAUGGCAAAGGAUGAUAAGGAUCCGGACGAGUUGUACUUCCGUGUCACCGCGUACAACCGUGGCGCGGCGCCCGCGCCGUUGCACGUGUUGCCGCACAUUACGUUCAGAAAUACCUGGGCCUGGGGGCGUGAGGACCCGGAAAAACAGCCGAUUCCGCAGCUUCUGAAGGAAAAUACGGACGUUACUUCUGUAAAGGUGGACCACUGGAAGUUGGGCGGCCGCCGGAUGGUGUUCGCCCCGGCACCACCGGUGGCUGACAACUUGCCCGAUGUCGAGCCGAAGUUGCUCUUCACGGAUAACGAAACCAACACACAGCGCCUCUACGGCCAGGCGAACAAGCACCCGUUCGUGAAGGAUGCAUUCCACGAUUACGUAGUGGACGAGAUGGCCGGUGCGGUGAACCCGGACAACAUCGGAACCAAGGCCGCUGCAUGGUUUGCGUUUGACCAGAACGGUGGGGUUCCCGCAGGCGACUACGUCACCAUCCGAUACAAGCUCUCCAAGAUGAACGGGGAGCCCCAGGAGAUUGACGAGGAGCAGUUCGAUCAGGUGUUUGCGCUACGCGAGCACGAGGCGGAUAACUUCUACUGGAACAUCUCGCCAAUGCCUAUCACGGAAGACUUGCGCAUGGUGCAGCGCCAGGCGUUUGCCGGUUUGCUCUGGACCAAACAGUUCUACAACUAUAUCCAGGACCAGUGGGUGAAUGGUGAUCCCUCAACGCCAAAGCCGCCUAAGAACCGUGCUGGCGGCCGCAACCGCGAGUGGAAACACUUGUACAUCGAUGACGUGUUGUCCAUGCCAGAUAAAUGGGAAUAUCCGUUCUUUGCCGCGUGGGAUACCGCCUUCCACUGCAUUCCAUUGGCGAUGAUUGACCCCGAAUUUGCCAAGAAGCAGUUGGACUUGCUCACUAGAGAGUGGUAUAUGCAUCCCAACGGGCAGAUUCCUGCGUACGAAUGGAAUUUCGGAGAUGUGAACCCGCCGGUUCACGCGUGGGCUGCGUUUAGAAUCUUUAAAAUCGAGAGAAAGAUGUACGGGAGGGAGGAUAGGGACUUCUUGGAGCGCGUGUUCCAGAAGUUGUUAUUGAACUUUACGUGGUGGGUCAACCAGAAAGACUCGGAAGGGAACUCGGUGUUUGAGGGCGGGUUCCUUGGGCUUGACAACAUCGGGAUCUUCAAUCGCUCUGAGCCGUUGCCGACGGGCGGAAAAUUGGAGCAAGCAGAUGCCACCGGCUGGAUGGCUUUCUUCUCCUUGCAGAUGCUCAACAUCGCGCUCGAGUUGUCUAAAGAGAGAUCGGUGUACGAGGACAUCGCUUCCAAAUUUUUUGAGCAUUUCUUGUUGAUUGCGGAUGCCAUGACGUUCAAGUACGACGAGCUGUCCGAUUCGGUUGAUACGGGUGUGAUUGCCCCUACUGGGCGCUCUUUAUGGAACGAAGAAGACCAGUUCUACUACGAUGCAAUCUCCUGGGGCCAGGGUUCGGCAUCGACGCAGUUGCCCGUGCGUUCGCUUGUCGGGUUGAUUCCUCUUUACGCAUGUCUCACGCUCGAGCCGUCGAUGUUGGAGAAGUUACCCAGCUUCAAGAAGCGCGUGGAGUGGUUUAUCGCCAACCGCUCGGAGGUGGCCGCGCGCAACAUCGCGUCCAUGGAGAACAGGGGUGUGGGCGAGCGCUUGUUGCUCGCGCUCGUGGACAAGGACCGUUUGGUAGCCAUCUUGGAAAAGAUGCUCGACGAGGACGAGUUUUUGUCGCCGUACGGUAUUAGAUCGCUUUCCAAAUACCACGACAAGCACCCGUACGCGUACUACAACAACGGGAACACCUAUGACAUCAGUUACCUUCCAGGCGAGUCCGACAGCGGAUUGUUUGGGGGUAACUCCAACUGGCGUGGUCCGAUUUGGUUCCCGGUCAACUUUUUGAUCGUGGAGUCGCUCCAGCGGUUCUUCCUCUACUAUGGGUCUGAUUUGAAGGUCGAGUGUCCUAAGGGCUCUGGCGAGUAUCUCAACCUCGCGCAGGUUGCCCAAGAGAUCGAGCAGCGCCUCAUCCACUUGUUCAUCCCUAACGCUGAGGGCAAGCGUGCUUGUAAUGGUGAUGAUGUGACUGCCUCUGUGGACCCAUUUUUUAAGGACUACAUUCCGUUCUACGAGUAUUUCCACGGUGACACAGGUAGAGGUUUAGGUGCCUCGCACCAGUGCGGGUGGACCGCUUUGGUUGCUAAGUGGAUCCACGACGUUGGAACUUCGUGUAGAGCUCCAGACACUCCACGGCCUCCAACUUCCGCCAAGUCCAUCGCCAACUUCCAGGAGAUGAACCGUGAUCACUUGAUGCAGUAUGUGCCAAAGUCUGGACCAUUUCCUGGUAGCUUGACUAGACGCAAGUCUGGCAAAUCGUUGAUUAACCUCACCGCGCAGGUGUUGGAAAUGAGCGAGGAGGAGAAGGGGAUUUAUGGGAACGAGAGCCAGCCGUCAACCCCGGGCAAACACCUCCACACAAGAUUGCAGGCUGACAGUCAGCACAACCAGCAGUUUGAUUACUUUGGUCAUCCAUUGAGCAGAGAAUCGACGAAUGUUAGCUUUGAUUCCGAGGUUGAUGGUGACGAUGGCGGUUUGUUGGAGAUGAUCAGAAGGAACUUGCAGUUGCAUGCGUCUAGAGACGCCGUGGUUUCUAGCGACGAGUUGGAAACGCACAAUUAGUAUUUUGUAUUUUUUAGUAACUGAAAUUUUAAAUAGAAGAAGUAGAAAUGAUUUAUUAAGAAAUGCCUGGGCAUGGAUGGACGACAUCAAGGAAGAGGGGGGGAGUGAGGCUGAGAUAUAUCUUUUGAUUGACG